UGGUGCAAAUGUUACAGAGAGAGAGAGCGUAGAGAGGAAGGGGCGGGAUUAAAUAGGACCCAAAAAUCGUCCAAUGAGAAAACGCCCUGUUGGCCCAACAGGCAUCCCGUCAUGCUCGCGGACUCAGCGCUACGUCAGCAGUGAUACAGAAACAUGGCGGUGCCCAUAGCGGAGAGCCCGGCUGUCGGCGCUCGUUUGUUGAUAAUAACUUUUGUCACGACGCUAAUAUUUCACAGCAGUGUCGCCGACAUCACCGUGGGAGCUUCGACGUCAGAGGAGGCUCCACACCGCCGGUUUGAGUACAAAUACAGCUUCAAAGGACCGCACCUGUCUCAGAGUGACGGCAGUAUCCCUUUCUGGAUCCACACUGGAAAUGCCAUUCCUAGCGCAGACCAGGUGCGCAUUACGCCAUCCCUCAGGAGUCAGAGGGGUUCUGUUUGGACGAAAAACAAAGUCAACUUUGAGCACUGGGAGGCCGAGGUGACAUUCAGGGUAUCUGGAAGAGGAAGAAUGGGGGCCGACGGUUUGGCCGUGUGGUUCACCAGUACACAAGGCCUUGAGGGUCCAGUGUACGGAGCUGCUGAUCAGUGGAACGGAAUUGGAGUCUUCUUUGAUUCUUUUGACAAUGACGGAAAGAAAAAUAACCCAGCUAUUCUCGUUGUGGGAAACAAUGGCAACCUUGUUUAUGACCAUCAGAACGAUGGCUCCACGCAGGCCCUUGGUACAUGUUUACGAGACUUCCGCAAUAAACCCUACCCUGUCAGAGCCAAAAUAACAUACUACAAAAGGACACUGACGGUCUUGAUCAACAACGGUUUCACUCCGGACAAAGAGGACUAUGAGUUCUGCACAAAGGUGGACAACAUGGUCAUUCCAUCUGACGGUUUCUUUGGCAUUUCAGCUGCUACCGGUGGUUUAGCAGAUGACCACGAUGUUUUGUCCUUCUUGCUAUUCAGACUCACAGAGCCUGGCCAGCAACCGCCCCCAGUUGAAUCUGAGAUUCCUAAAGAAGAGAAGGACAAGUACCAGGAGGAAUUUCAGAACUUCCAGCAAGAGCUCGAUAAAAAGAAAGAGGAAUUUCAGAAGGAGCACCCAGACGUCCAAGGAGAACCAAUUGAUGAUUUGUAUGAGAGUGUGAAUGACCGGGAGAUUCGUCAGGUGUUUGAAGGCCAGAACCGGAUCCAUCUGGAAAUCAAACAGCUCAAUCGGCAGCUCGCUAUGAUCCUGGACGAACAGCGUCGAUACGUCUCCGUCAUCACGGAUGAGGUCGCCAAAAAGGGGACAAACACUGAGUCAGGACAGCUGGAUUCUGCUGGUCAGCAGCUGGGCUCCAUCGUAGCCACGCAGCAGGAGGUUCUCAAAAGCCUGAACGAGUUGAAAAACUCCUUUCACGAGUCGCUGAGACAGAUUGGCUCUGUCCAGAAUCAGGGUAAUCAAGCCCCUAUGGGGACAUACGAGACCAUGCAACAUUUCAACGACAUCAAGGAACAUCUGCACACCGUCAAAAGGAACGUGGAGAACCUGGUUCAGCGUAAUGCUCAGAAUCCAGCUGACAAGGCCGUGAAGUGUCCCGAGUUGCCUCCCAUGCCUUCCUGCUUAUCCACUGUUCAUUUUGCAAUCUUUGUCGUGGUCCAGUCAGUCCUAUUCUUCUGCUACGUCAUGUACAAAAGUCAACAAGAAGCAGCAGCUAAGAAGUUCUUUUGAUGGCCUACGUUCAUAAAGCCGAAGUGUAUACAUGAGGGAAUGUCCAUUUUCAUAAUUUUUUUUUUUUUUUUUUUUUGGAUGGGGUUUGAUUAUUUUCAGUGUAAGUUAUUUUACUUGAAAAAUUGGUUUUGUUGUAGAUGUUUUUUUUAAUUCAUUGCAGAUUUGUAAUUUGAUCAGUGUGACACUUCUGGAUUUCCAACAUGAUGUAACAUGUUCCUUACAGUAUUCCUGGUUGGUCAGAUCCUUAGAUUUUUUUUAAAAAAAGAGAGAAAUCUGCCACAGUCCCAUUCCCUGAAACAGAACCUGUGUUUUGAAAUGUGCAAUUUUGUAUAAAAUACAGCAGAACUAUUGAUAAUGUAAACCUAGACAUUGGAUUUCUGGGACUGUUUAUCUCUUUCAGUUGAGUCAAACAUGUCAGAAUCUGACAUAUCCUCUACCUGAACAAUUUACAUAAACUACCUUAAACAAA